AUGGCGUCAUCAAUUAAAAAUGAGACACGUCCAUUUUCGAUCCGAGUUACACGAGUGAUGUGCAUAGAUACCCCUUACGAGGAAUCGGAGCUCCUUGAAUGUCGGGUGAUCUUAAGACGAAAGCAAAGAUCGUUGAUAAGUGUGUCCAUGUACGUGCCAAAAGUGUAUAAUUUCAUGUGGUUGCAGUUUCGAUUACACUACAAGUUUACAACUUUUCAACCGUUUUUAAUGGAAGGAGAGAUUGAGGUCUGUACCUAUUUGAAGCGCCCACAGUUAAAUCCGCUAUACAACUACAUGCAUGGUAUGUUGAAAGAUCUGCUUCCUAGUACUGUCCAUCCAUGUCCUCACGGAAAUAAAACGUACGCUGAAAGGACCGAGUUUAAGGAAGAAUAUGCGCCCAGGUCCAUCCCAGCGGGAGACUACAGAAUGGAUCUAAGAUUUGCUUCUAGAUCUAAUGUAACUUUGUUUUUUAUACAAACAUUCUUUACUGCCAGGCGUAGAGGAGUUCUGGGAUCAAUGUUGGAGUGGUGA